GAAAUAUGGCGCUGUCCAUGUGUGGUAAAGUGAACGGAGCAAUUUCUAAUGUUAGUAAACCGUAAACGAUUCAUUUCCAUCAAAAAUAACACUAGACCUACGAUGAAUGUUGAGAAAAUGAGGUAACCUUUGAACGUCAAAGAUACUGAUACGUAGAUUCACAAACUCCGCAAACCAUCAAUAUACAAUUUCAACAUUAGAAGAUGGAAUCAAGAAAAUCUUUCUAAACGAUCCAAAGAAAAGAAAUGCCCUGUCGCUGUCCAUGCUUAAUAGCUUAAAAACUGAUCUUUUGGAUGAUGUGGAGAAUGAUCAAUUAAGGGUCAUUGUGCUGACCUCUUCUGGUCCAGUUUUCUGCUCAGGUCAUGACCUUAAAGAACUAACAUCUAAAGAAGGACGAGAUUACCAUACGCAGGUUUUCGAAAGAUGUUCUGAGGUGAUGAUGUUGAUUCAAGAUUUGCCUGUGCCUGUGAUUGCCCAGGUGCAAGGCCUAGCCACAGCUGCUGGUUGUCAGUUGGUAGCCAGCUGUGAUAUAGCUGUAGCAGCAGACAACUCCAGAUUUGCCACUCCUGGCGUAAAUGUUGGACUGUUUUGCUCAACUCCUGGUGUUGCCUUGGGAAGAGCGGUUCCUAGGAAGGUUGCUAUGGAAAUGUUGUUUACUGGAGAACCAAUCACAGCUGAUGUUGCCUUGCGUCAUGGAUUAGUCAGCCGUGUUGUGUCAGAGGCGCAGCUUGAAGAGCAGACUAUGAACAUUGCUAAGAAAAUUUGUCAAGCAAGUAGAUCAGUCACAGCUUUAGGAAAGGCCUGUUUUAACGGUCAGAUGGCAAGGGAUAGAAAUGCAGCGUAUAGACAAGCAAGUCAGGUGAUGGUGGAAAACUUAGGACUAAGAGAUGGCCAAGAAGGAAUUGAUGCUUUUAUUAAUAAAAGAAAACCAGAUUGGAAACAUGGCUUUGACAAAGUCCCAGACAAGUAGUAAACAAGACAAGCAAGUCAGGUGAUGGUAGAAAACUUAUGACUAAGAGAUGGCCAAGAAGGAAUUGAUGCUUUUAUAAAUAAAAGAAAACUAGAUUGGAACAAGGAACAAGUCCAUAAUAACUGAAGCAAGCAGAGAUAACGGUUUAUAAAACAUUAGAUCAACUGUAAUCAUGAAUGGUAAUGUUCACGUCAGAGUUUCCAAGUUAGACAAAUUUGCAGGUGUAAAAUAGGAUACAAAUACCACAAGACUUUUGAAAAUUCUGCCUCUAGGGGAUUUUGUUUUCUAAUUGCUCAAAUAUGCAUUCAGGAUCAGCUAUUUUUUCUUGACCUUAUCCAACAGUGCUUUAUGAAACAACAUACUGUAUUCACAGUGUUAGUGCAGCUAGGUAUUUUUAGUAAGAGGGCUACAAUGUUCAUAAAUAGUAUACAUAUAUUUUAUAAUAUAGGUAUUAAAAUUUAGGUGUGAGAUUUUAGUACUUGAACGCGAGACCCCUAAAUGCACGAGUCGCAUGAUGAUACACACAAGACAAAAUGUAACACAGGACAUGUUCAAUGCCCCAGGAAAGAAAAAUAGGCAUUGCAAUGGCCAGUUAUACUUCCAAGAUAGGU